AUGCGUGUGCUUUACUAUGGAGACCAGCUGAGUCUAGAAGCAAGCGAUGAUACUUUAGGUACAUUGGGAGCUGAAGGACAAAUUGAAAGCUGUCUAAAGUUGUUAAAAAAUAAACGUAACGGAACAAAGCAAAUUCAAAAAGCCAGAGAUUGUCGGUUUAUGGUAUGCCCAGUGAGGCGACACAUUGAUAACAAACAAGGAAAAAGAUCUGGAUCAAAUCUGGCGGAAACGUUUAAUGAAAUCCCAAGACUAAAAUCAGAGACCGAUAGGAUUGUCGGUGCUUCUAACGAAAACGAAGAUAGUUUUGGAACUAAAAUUGUCUAUGGAAGCAUUGUGCAGCUCCUGCACUUGAAGUCGGAGCGUAUCGUGACCUUCUCCAAAAGAACGCCUGCAUUGCUAGAUUUAUCUGCUGUGAAAGUCCGCUUAAAGAAGAGUGAAACUAGCGGCGCCUGGAUGUACGUGAAGCCAUUUUACAAGCACACAAAAUUAGGAGACCCCGUACUGGUCGGAGACAAAGUGUUACUGGCAUCCGUCCGAACAGGGCAUGUGCUAAAUGUCAGUGUGGAUGACAGCAUUGAAGGCAAACAGAAGGCCGAAAUUAACGGUUUCGUGGGUUCUUUGAGUAGCUGGCGAAUAAAUCUUUACCUGAGUCAUUUUGAAAACAUCAAAAACGUAUUAAAGGGCGGAGACGUAAUUCGUUUGUUUCAUUCCGAAAGCGAGCGUUUUCUUACUUGCGACGAAUACAAUGGUCACAAAGUAUUUCUUCGCACGAGUUUUCGUACAGACGCAGCAAAGGCUACCAGCUCUAAGGCUCAUUGGGAAGUUGAGGUUAUUCACCCGGACCCCACGAGUACUCAAGCCGCCCGAUGGAAUGGAUUUUAUCGGCUAAAGCAUUUAGUGACUGGAUUAUACCUUUCGGCUACGCCAAUGUUUCUCAAGCAGUACUUCCUGAUACAUAUCCUGGUGGAACUCAUUCGUUUUCUGUCCAACGAUGCGCAUUUCGACCAGCGGGACGUGCUCCGUGUUUCCGAUGGUGUCACUCCGAGUCGCCAGAGACAGAAGUUACUAAGAGAACAGGGCAUACUUGAAAGCAUUUUCGACAUCCUCCGAUCCCCAGUGACUAACACUCUUCUGCAGCCAGGUGUAUACGGUGACCGUUUCUUGGAUGGGUUGCUUGAGGAACAGUUUUUCCAAUCUGACCUCCAAACAUUCUGGACAAAUGAUAAGAAAAUUAGAUAUUCCGGUGCCUUAUCUUAUCGUAUACUGAAACUCGCUCAAAUGGGUUACAGAAAGAAUCAAGAAUAUAUCGCUCAAGAACUUAAUAUGAUGCAGUGCCAUAUUGGGUUCGGUGUGUUAGCUGAAGACACAAUGGCCGCUCUUCUUCACAACAACCGAACGUUACUGCAAAAGCAUGUGGGGAGACGGGAGGUGGAAACUGUUAUUCAACUACUACGGACCAGCCAAGAUUCCAGGUGCAAUUCCUAUCGAGCUGCUGAGAUAAGCAGUAUUCCGAAUCUUCAAGAAUUCUCACCACUGAUGGAAUUCAUCGAUAGGUGUUUGCGACAGUCGAGCCGUAACAUCAAGCAGCUCUACGACUACAACCGAAAAAGCCUCAUCUUGGAGGUAAUUGUCCUGGCCAAAUAUCUAGUUCAAUUUGGCUUCUACACGCUUCGGAAGUUACUAUCACUCGAGCAAAUUUUGAUGACGAUUCUCAACCGGUGGUUGAAAAACAGUCUUACUAGGAGGAAUUCAGUGAAAUCACAAAAUCAAGAUGCACCUGAAUUUGGCUGCACGGGCGUGGAGCAGCGUAUCAAGCUCAACAUUUUGGAGAUCAUACAGCACAUUUUUCAUACCCGUCUGGACCAUCGAGUGGACUGCGUGCUAUCCAUCUACCGGAAGAAAUUGACGUGUUUGAACCAAGAUUUUAUCUCCAACACAAGGACCAGCAUGUCGGCUACUAACUUGCAGCUGGACGCAGUGAUAAAUGGUACGUACACUAAUGUGUCAAUCAUCAUUAUACACGUUAGCUAGCUGUGGAAAAUACCCCAGCCACUGUGCGGCAAUAAAUAAAAGCAAAAAAGAUGUAAG